AGCGGCAAGGGCGGAGGGCGUGGCGGGCGCUCUGCCCUCCCUCCCAGGAGUGCGGGGACCGCGGGAGGCCCGUCGUCGCCGUUUGAGACCCGGGCCCAGCUAAGCGGGGCGCUCGGACGUGCGCCGUUGCGGAGUGAGGUUCCUGAAGGCUUCAGAGGAAACCUGAUAGGGGUGGCCCAAUGGCCCUAGGUGAAGAUGAGGCUGAAGCAGAGGUGUCUGUCAACACAAAGGUCCCUUCCUGUGGCAGGUGGAACUCUGGGAAGCUGCUGCCCCCAGGGCUUGAACCAGAGCAGCCCCUACAUCCGGAUGUCGAGGGAGGACCACUGUGGAGGGCUGAGGCUGACCCUGGCUACAUCUCUGGAGUUUUCUUGUCACAGACCCAUACUGUCAGCAAAGAACCAGUAGCAGAUAGGUCUAAGCCUCACCACAGUGGCCCACUCCCUUCUGCCAGUGUGGGCACUGGAGAGCUUUUACACCCUGUGGGCAGUCAAAUGGAGGAAAACAAGCUUCCUGCCUCCCAGGAUCUACUUCCAGCUAUUAAAGUCCUUGGAACUAUAACUGUUUGCACAGGACACGAGGCUGACAAUGAAGGCUUCCAGUCCACAGUUGAUCCAUCUCAGGUGUUGGGCCUCAGCCAGCAGCCACACAUCUCACAGUGGAAGUCCACGAUGAGCCCAGGUGCUCCUCAGCUCUCUAGCAGAAGCAUCUCUGCCUCCUCGGUGGGCAGCAGUCUCCAGGAUCACCAGGAGAAGGCAGAACCUCAGAGUGGCUCUUUUACCAACACCUCCUCUCCAGAGUUGACUGCACCCCAGGCAGCCCACUCUGUGGUGGGGGCUGGGCUCCAGUGGUCAAAACAGCCUGUAGCCUCUGGCAAUGAUGCUGCAGGCCUGGGUAAGAGACACCUCUCCUUUCAGGCAGAAUACUGGGCUUGUGUGCUGCCAGAUUCUCUGCCUCCUUCCCCUAACCGCCACUCCCCACUCUGGAACCCCAAUAAAGAGUAUGAAGAUCUGCUUGACUACACUUACCCACUGAGGCCUGGGCCUCAGCUUCCAAAGCAACGUGAAAGUCAUGUGCUGGCUGACCCUGUUAUGCAGGACUCAGGUGUAGAUCUGGACAGUUUCUCUGUCUCUCCAGCAAGUACUCUCAAGUCACCCACUAAUGUCUCCCACAAUUGCUCAUCAGCAGAAGUGCCUACUCUGCCAUUUUCUGGAGCCAGAGAGCCAUGUCUUAAGCGCUGGUCCUUGGGAGUAUCCCAGAAACAGGGCAGCACAAGCUUGGCAUCCUGUCACCAGCUUUCCUCCACCCCUAGAGCCCCAGGCACUGAAGAUGCUUCUUGGGAGAACAGAGAGGCAGCCCUGAGGGACACAGCAGAGGACUCUCUCCCUAUAGGCAAAAACCUCAGUAUGGGCUCUCCCCAUCUGAAGACGGAGAAAGAGCCACCCUUUCCCAGACAAGAGAAGGAGAAGAGAGGCAGACAGAAUGCUGGUUGUCCGGACUGUGUGAAGCCUGGGUGGCCAUCAGAAGAGGAGGUGGGAAGUGAUGAGGAGUACCUUGCUCUGCCCACGAGGCUGACUCAGGUCUCUAGUUUGGUGUCCUACUCAGGUGCCAGGCCCACCUUUGUGAACCUACCCACUGGGGCUGCUGAGGGACAUAGUUCACUGCAAGUGUCAGACAGUGAGGAGCCAGCUUCCCCCACACUGGACUCCAGCCAGAGGCAGCAUCCUUCUGCUACUACCGUUCAAGGGCCUGUGGGCCCGAGUCCCUGCUUCAGGCAUUCUAUCCAGCCCCAGGACUCUAGAGGCAAAAGUAGUCUGAUGAGUAGCCAGACCCUCUGGGCCUCUUCAAAACAACUGAAAACUCACCCCUCCUCAAAAGCUGUGUCGGACAGGUGGCUGUUCUCAGAGCUAGUGGCUGGAGAGAAGCUUCCCAGGAAAACAGACGAGCAGGAGAAAGCUUCUCUAGUGCAGUGUGUGCAGACAUUUUGCUGUCAGCUGGAAGAGCUGAUCUGCUGGUUGUAUAAUGUCACAGAUGUUGCUGACCUCAGUGUUCCACCCAGGGCCAGCCUUACAGGUCUCAAGUCUUCUCUUCAGCUUUACCGGCAAUUUAAGAAAGAUGUAGAUGAACAUCAGUCCCUGACAGAGAGCGUCUUGGAGAAGGGAGAGAUUCUUCUUCAGUGCCUGUUGGAUAACACCCCAGUUUUAAAGGAUGUCCUUGGGAGGAUUGCAAAGCAGUCUGGUGAGCUGGAGAGCCGUGCAGAUCAUCUUUAUGACUCUAUCUUAGCCUCUUUGGACAUGUUGGCUGGCUGCACCCUCAUCCCUGACAACAGGCCAACAGCGGCAGAACACCCGCGUAAAGGGCUUUAACUCAGCAGAGGUGGAGUCAUCAGCCAAGAUGGAAAUUGGGAAGAAAACUCAAGAACUCCUUGUAAGGGCCAUGUAACAGUUAAGGCAGGGGAGAAAUCAACUUUAACAUACUUUAAGAUGCCUUUCUCACCUCUGAAGGGUUCUUGAGUUAACUGUUCUCAUUUACUAUGAAUCACUCCAAAACUAAGGCCUUUUCUUUUGGUGCUUCUCUACCAAAAUUAUGUGGCUUUAUAAUUAUUUGAUAAAAAUACUAAGACUUGUGGGUCUCAUGUACCCCCCCUUCUGUCUAAAAACUAGCAGAUAAAAUAUGUUGAGGCCAUUUAUAGAAAGCUGCUGGAGAAAAGUUCCAAGUUCUUAGGGUUCUCAAGCAUACAGGGGGAUAAGAUCUAAGAGAGGGGAAAAUGUUAGUGGCCAAAGCCAUAGAGUGAAACGUUAGCCCUUAGUCCACAGUAAGUCAGAACCUCUACAGCAUCCUUUGGCGGCAUUCUCAGUUGCCACCUGUGGCGGCUAGUCUCCACUUCACCCCAUCAAGAGUGCCUCAGGAGGUGGCCUGCCACCUGCUUCUGGAGUGCAUGCUUUUGCUUACCUCUGGGGCACUCAGUCCACUACUCCUCUUUCCCUUGAAAGACUGGUCAAAGGAAGGGAAUGGAUAGACAGUCACAUGGUCUGAUCUGUACAUAAAUUAAAGCAGCCAUUGGUGAUGAAAAGGGGGUAGUCUCUGUGGCUUGGGAGUCAAUAGAUAGUGCCUUAUCAGGAAGAAAAAAAAUUCUAUGGACCUAUCACAGGUUCAUAUGUUCAAAGCAUCAGUUACAGCUCUCCAAGCAAAGUGUUUGUAUGCUGGGUACAACAAAUUCCACAGAGUAUCAAAAGUGGGCUUUUCAGCUUUAAAAAAAAAAAAGAAAAAAGAAAAAAAGUUUAGCUAUUUAGAUAAGCGUGUACAUGACUUUAAUCCUAGCACUUGAGAGUAGCUCUUUGAGUAUGAGGACAGCCUGGCUUAUGUUUAGUGAGUCUAGGCUGGCCAGGGCUUUAUAAAGGAAAGAAAGACUAGUUAUUCAGUAAGUAUGCAUAAAGUACAGUAUUUUCACAUGCCUGAUGCUACACAGUAUGACUUACCAUAAUGCUUUUGGGCAUGAUCCAAAUUAAAGAGUUUUGUUGUUACUGGUUUGGUUUUGGCUUUUUGAGACAAAGUUUCUCUGUGUAACAGAACUGGCUAUACUGGGACUCCCUCUGUAGACCAGGAUGGCCUCAAACUCACAGAGAUCCACCUGCCUCUGCCUCCCAAGUAUGUUGGGAUUAAAGUCAUGCACCACCACUGCCCAGCUCAAAUUACUUUUAUUCUGCCAUCUCUAGGUUAAGCUUAUUUCUUUUUUGUGUGUUUGUUUUUGGUUUUUGGUUUUGGUUUUUGUUUUUUUGAGACAGGGUUUCUUUGUGUACCCUGGCUGUCCUGGAACUCAUUCUGUAGACCAGGCUGGCCUCGAACUCAGAAAUCCACCUGCCUCUGCUUCCCAAGUGCUGGGAUUAAAGGUAUACGCCACCACUGCCCGGGCAUGUUAUUUCUUAUACUGUACAUGGUACAUAAAGUGCUUUCAAAAGGCUAAAACUAAACUUUUCUAGCAAAUAAUUAAGUUAAAUGUAAAACAUCCUAUAAAAGCUAGAAUUGGUCAAAAGUGCAUCUUACCUCUUUGAUGAGGCUUUAAACUGCCUUCCUACCAAUAUGUUAGAGGAGCCCUCAGGUAUUAAACCCAUUUGACAAGCAUGAAAGUCAAGGGAGACUCCCAGAGCUAGCCAGCUGCACCAACUGAAUACAAAAUGGGGCACUCCUCCUCUUUUACUAUAUAAUUACAAUCGAUUCAACUGACAGUGAACAUGGUUUCCCAACAGAGUACUUGCCUGAACAUGGUCUGUGCUUUUGCUCAUCCUCUUUGUAACAAAAAGGAGACUUUUUUGUAACUAAAGGGUAUAACUCUGACCUUGGCUGUGAAUGUCAUUUAGGAGUAUCAACACAACUGUUAAUUAAUUGUAUCUUCUGGUGUGUGUUAUGUUUAUGCUAAAAUUGUCUCAGCCUCACAUGUCACCGCCAUUUCCAUCUGCAAACGUGGCCAAGCUAGACUCAAAUAGCGUUUUUGGAAUUUAUAAACGGUCCCUUAAAGUACACUGAGUUCACAGUAAAGUAGCAUCUCAAGACAGGGUUCUUAUAGGUCUACAGCUAAGCUCUAGCAAAAAACAAGAGAACUCAAACAGAGACUGUUUUGAAACUUAGAUGGAACCUAAAAAAGACAUAGUGGUACAAGGUAUGGCCAAAUAUAUGCCUGAGGGAACUAGCCACAUGGGCACUGGAAGUUAGGGUGACGGACGGCCACUGAGAGAAUGCUUUUCAUUAUGCAAGUUAGUCUGGUAGUCACUUUUUAAAAUAUAUCAAGGGGCAAUUUUCUAUGUGAACAAAUUAGAGCCCCCAACAGUCUUGAAAUACUUAUACUUGAAAAAUGGGCUAUUUCCCACUCUAAAACAGCAAUUAUCAGCACAUAGUAAAAGCAAAUAGUGAAGUAUGCUGAAUGGUCUGGUAAGCCCUUAUCUUGCUGCCAGUGGGGAAGGAGUACUAGGAUCUUAGAAAGUCUGUAAAUAUGUUUAUAUUAGAAAUAAAUCCCUAUAAUGUCUUCUGCAACAGAAGACGCUGAUAGUUUGAACAACUUUUGCUGUGUAAAAUUAAAAGUGCUUGGCAUCAUUUCAUCUUAUAUUGGUUUUGUAUCAUUUAGUUAUGAUGGAAAACAGUUUAUGAACUCUUUCUCCCUUUGUAUUGACAAAAACUCAACAGCUACAAAAAAAUAAAUAAAUAAAAGAUAUUGACCCAA